CUGUUUACGUCGUCCUCGUUGUAAAACUGAAACGUGUUUCGCUUUCGUGUCGAAUUACCCAGUCAAUCGUCGAGCGAGUGCAACAGAAAAUAUGCAAAAUCGAUCGUUUUAUAAGUGAGGAACAUUUUGUUGCAGCUCGUUGUGAAAUUUUGUCCGGACUCCGAACGUAAUUCAGUUCAGUUCAGUGCAAAAUAAGUGUUCGGGUACUCGUCCUAAUUUGGCAGUAAUGACCGAGAAAGAUCUGCUCCUGGCUCAGAUCACCGCCCAGGGAGACGCAGUGCGUAAGCUGAAAUCGUCCGCAGCGGCCAAAGAAAAGUAAAUUCGAUCCGCGAUCGACUCAACCGCACAAAAAUACAUUCACCCGACAACCCAAGAAAAACAGCCACCGGGUCGGAAUUGAAUCGAACCGACCGGCAACCGGUACGACGAAAAAGAGGCAGUUGUUAAGCGAAAAUCAAUUUUUCGCGGCACCAAAAGCGGAAGCGCAGAGCGUAACCACGUCUGCCACAAAACAAAACACACACAAAAUGCUUCGUCACUUACGGCGUUCCAGUUCGGCGGCGGUGGUGCACCUGGCUGCCGCUGUGGUACGAUCCGGUAAACUUCCAGCAAGGUUCGAGGUUCACAGUAAUUGUCGCUUUUGCCAUUGCAGCGGCAAAGCCGCUGCCAGCGAAGAACGCGUUUCCCACAGCCAGCAAGCAAUCGCAAAGAUCGAUGAGGAGGUUGCCAAACUGCUGGCCCUAAAGGCCCAGCUGAAGGACUUGGAUGGUGGUGGUCAAGCGGCCGAGGUUGGGAAUAAAAAUUUGGUAUUGAAAACCGCUAAAGGAACGCGGGACUAUGGACCGGAAUCGAUGGCGCUGCGACAGCAAAUCUUCGAUAAGGUGAUUGCUGUGUUUAAGAAGCAUGGUGCGGAAACGAUUGACACGCCGGUGUUUGAGUUGAAGGAGGUGCUAACUGGGAAGUAUGGGGAUGAUAGUAAGUUGAUUUACGAUCUGAAGGAUCAGGGUGGUGAAAUACUGGCUCUGCGGUACGAUCUGACCGUACCGUUUGCACGCUUUGUCGGAAUGGGAAACGUUUUCCACAUUCGGCGGUAUCAUAUUGCUAAGGUGUACCGGAGGGAUAACCCGUCGAUGACGAAGGGUCGCUAUCGGGAGUUCUACCAGUGCGAUUUCGAUAUCGCGGGGACGUACGAUCCGAUGCUACCGGAUGCGGAGUGCGUGAAGGUGGUUGUUGAAAUUCUUUCCUCGUUGGACAUCGGAGAGUUUGUGGUGAAACUGAACCACCGAAAGCUGCUGGACGGUAUGUUCGAGGCUUGCGGGGUUCCGGCGGACAAAUUCCGAACGAUCUGCUCGUCGGUAGAUAAGCUGGACAAAAGCCCUUGGGAAGAGGUGCGGCGGGAGAUGAUCGCCGAGAAGGGACUGGAUGCGUCUGUUGCCGAUCGCAUUGGAGAGUUUGUUCGGUUGAGCGGGGGUGUGGAGCUGGUGGACAAGCUGGCCGAAGAUGAAAACCUUAAAAAGAUUAAACCUGCUCUCGAGGGAAUUGCCGAUAUGCGACUGCUGCUGCAGUAUUGUGAGAUUUUCGGUGUGAAAGAUCAGAUCGUUUUCGAUCUGAGCUUGGCACGGGGUUUAGACUACUAUACGGGCGUGAUUUACGAAGCUGUGCUGAAGGCUGAACCUACGACGCCUAAAGUGAACGGAGGUGGCAAAGCCAGUAGCAAGGACGAGGAGGAAGUCACCGUUGGUUCGGUUGCCGGAGGAGGUCGUUACGAUAAUCUGGUAGGCAUGUUCAAUCCGAAACGCAAGCAAGUCCCGUGUGUUGGCGUCUCCAUUGGAGUGGAACGAAUCUUCUCCAUUCUGGAGGGCAAAGCCCAGCAGAAGGUACGGACCACAGAAGUGGAAGUGUACGUGGCUUCCGCCCACAAGGGAUUGCACCUAAAGCGGCUGGAGGUGCUGAACACGCUGUGGAAUGCUGGUUUUAAGGCGGAACACUCGUACAAGUUGAAUCCCAAACUGCUAGUUCAGCUGCAGUACUGCGAAGAGUACCAAAUUCCGUACGCGAUCGUGCUAGGUGAUGGCGAACUGUCUCGAGGUGUAGUUAAGCUGCGUGAAAUAAACAGCCGGAAAGAGGAAGAAAUUCCGCUGGAAUCACUUGCGGAAGAGUUGAGAAAGCGCUUGGCGGUCCAAUGAACAGAAGCAUUUACGCACGCAAUAAAAUCCUACUUAGCCUAGGUUAGCAGCCACGUCAGUACGGUCUAUUUAAAAAGUCUCCUAAUUCAGUCACCGAUCCAUAAUCAUCAAAUUCAAUUCAUACAGUGCUUCUUUUAGCUUCUACUGCCUUAUUAUUACAAUUGGUUUACUUAUAAUCGUCAGAAUGAUAUGAGUGAUGUUCUUUUUCUUAAUGAAACAGCUUUGAAAGCAAUUUAAUGUUAAUAAAUGCUAGUUUUUUGGAAGAGCGACUCCAAUUUUUGACUCCCCUUUGAUUAGUUUCAUCUGUGUCUUGCUUAAAAU